AUGAACUUUGAGCCCCCGUCCAAGACGCCCAAGGGCCCGCUCUGCACGCAGGCCUCGCUCGUCGAGGACCUGCGGCGGCUCGGCCUCCACGCCGGCGACACGGUGCUGCUGCACUCGUCGCUCAGCGCCAUCGGCUUCGUCGUCGGCGGCGCGCCGGCCCUCGUCCGGGCGCUGCUCGAGGUGCUCGGCCCGCGCGGCACGCUCGCCGCGCCGACGCACACGGGCGACAACUCGGACCCGGCCGAGUGGCGCGACCCCCCCGUGCCGCGCGACUGGUGGCAGCCCAUCCGCGACGCGAUGCCCGCCUUCGACCCACGCACCUCGCCGUCGCGCAUGAUGGGCGUCGUGCCCGAGACACUGCGCAACUGGCCCGGCGCGCGCCGCAGCGCCCACCCGCAGACGAGCUUCGCCGCCGUGGGGGCCCGCGCCGAGGACAUCACCGAGGGGCCUGCGGUGCUGGAGUGCCGCCUCGGCGAGGAGAGCCCCCUGGCGGUGCUGGAGCGGCUCGGCGCGCGCGUCCUGCUGCUGGGGUGCGGCUUCGACCGCUGCACGUCGUUCCACCUCGCCGAGUACCGCAACGCGUACACGCCCGUCGAGAAUUCGUUUGCGGCGCUGGUCGGGGAGGAUGGCGUUGCCGAGACGCGGCGCGAGUGGGUGACGGUGCGGGACGUGCCCAUCGACGGCGACGACUUUGCCGCGCUGGGGCAGCACUUUGAGAGCGGGGGCGGCGUGGCGAGCGGCUUGGUGGGCGCGGCCGAGUGCAAGCUGUUUGCGAUGCCCGAGGCGGUGGCCUUUGCCAUGGAGUGGCUGGGCACGCAUCGCAGCAGGGGGUAG